AUGAAUGAUCAAGGGGAAGCACAAACUAAAGUAACUGACGAAGAAUUCAAAGAUGGAUUACUUCAAAGCUUAAACGAGCUUAGAAAGGCGAACUUUAGGUGCGACACAACGCUCCGAGUAGAUGGACAAACCUUCCCUGCUCACAGCCUUGUGUUAAUUGCUGCUUCUGAUUACUUUAGAGCUCUAUUUUCCACUGAGUUGCAAGUGAAAGAAAAACAGGAAAAUUUAGUGGAGCUUAAAGUGGUUAAGUCAAGCAUAAUGGAAGAUGUUUUGGAAUUUAUGUAUUUAGGCCAAGUAAACAUAACUGCCUCAAACGCCCAUGAUCUACUUGUGGCAUCUGACUACCUGAUAAUUCCCAAUUUAAAAUCACGGACUGCACAAUUCCUGGAGAAGUCCAUGAAUGUAUCAAAUUGCUUGACAUUGGAGUCCUUUGGCUGUCAAUACAACUGUGAUACGCUUAGACAAGCAGCUCUUAAAUUCAAGAAUGAAAAUUUUGUCCCUAUUGUGAAAACAGAAGAUUUCCUUGCACUUGAGUUGAACAAAGUCAAAGAAUUGAUGUGUCAAGAUGAGCUGAAUAUCUCUGAAGAAGAAGAAGUUUAUGAGGCGGUGAUAGCCUGGGUCAAACAUGAUCUGCCAUCAAGAGAGUGUUUUCUCCCAGAUCUAAUGAAAUGUUUGAGAUUAUUCUCCAUGUCAAAAUACAGUAUUUACAGAAUUCUUAAUAAAGAAGAGUUAGUAAAGGAGAACCUCAUUUGCACUGCUAUCAUGAAUACUGGCCUGCAAUAUUUUCUGUAUCCUGAUUGGUUUUUAGGGAGAGUGCUGAAACAUCGCAAUUCAAUUGACAAAGAUGAACACGUGGUGUUUCUCCAUGAUGGUGUUGAUAUUGGUGAUCGUUUAAUUCGUAGAGAAACUUAUUGUUUUGUCCUUUCUACUAAGAAGUGGCAGCAGUUAUGCUCAAUCCCUCCCUUUAUUGAGGACAAUUGUGCUGACCUGGUCUCUACAGUUUGUUUUGGACGUGUAUAUAUGUUAAGUCUUGAUUCUCAGGCAAUAAGCUGUUUCAAUCCUCAAAAAAAUUCAUGGAAGUCAAAGGAAACAGGGUGCACCAUUCAAAAAAUGAACUUCUUUACGGUUACUUCGUUCAAUGAAGAACUUUAUGUUAUCGGUGGUUAUGAUUACGAUGAAGAGGUAAAACGUACAGUCCAUAAGUACAAUCCAGUUUGUAAUGAAUGGAAGGAGUUAGCAUCUAUGGAAACUGGACGUGGUGGUCACUGUGCUGUUGUUCUACAGGAUCUCAUUUAUGUGAUUGCAGGUGCUGAUGGAGAGACCUGUCUUAAGAGUGUUGAGAACUAUGAUCCACUGACCAAUCAGUGGAGAAGAGUUCCUGAUCUGGUCAAUGCCCGUAGGGAUGCAGCAGCAGCCACUGUUUGUGGAAAAAUUGUUGUUAUUGGAGGAUUUUGUGUCAUGGAGAUUUCUGCAUCAUCAGAAACAGAACCAACUUGUGAGAUGUUUGAUCCAUGUCUAAAUCAGUGGAGCCUGUUACCCAGCCCAAUGUUCCACGGGCAGCCUGUGGAGUUGUGA